CGUGUACGAACAUUCCAGAAACGUCAUCGCAUCAAAACACGCAUUUCACUGAUCGUUCGGUCUCGUGUGUUGAAAUUCGCGAAAUCAACGAUUUUCGCCGAAAAUUUGUGACAAAUCGCGCAACGCCGGAAGAUACGAUGGCAGCGGCAGAGAGUGCGGAAGUGGUGGAGAUUUUCCCCAAGCUGAACGUGGACGACGAGCCGGAACUUAGCACGACCGAGAUUGAGUCCAUGUGCGUCAACUGCUACGAGAAUGGCACCACGCGUCUGCUGCUGACGCAGAUCCCGUUCUACAAGGAGGUGAUCAUCAUGUCAUUCUGCUGCGAAAACUGCGGCUACCAGAACAACGAGAUCCAGCCGGGCGGGGAAAUGGCCCCGAAAGGAAUCCGCAUCCAGGUGAAGAUCGACAAGCUGAAGGACCUGAACCGGCGCGUCGUCAAGUCGGACUACUCCAGCGUGCGGAUAGAGGAGCUGGACUUUGAGAUUCCGGCCAAGUCGCAGAAGGGCGAAGUGACCACCAUCGAGGGCAUUAUCGAUCGGGUCGUGCGCGGGCUGGACCAGGACCAACCGGUCCGUCGGAUACAGCAUCCGGAGGCGGCCGAGCAGAUUGACAAGUUCACCGACACGCUGAAGGAGCUCAAGGAGAUGAAGAAACCGUUUACGAUCACAAUCAAGGACAUUUCCGGCAACAGCUUCGUGGAGAACCCGCUGGCACCGCAAUCGGAUCCAAACACGACCAUUUCGCACUUCGUCCGAGACAAGGAGCAGAACCAUAUGCUGGGAAUCUUCACCCAAGAGGAGAUGAACGACAAGAAGCCGGAAAAGAAGCCAGAAAAUGAGGACGGUCUGCUGAAAAUGAUUCCGGAAGGUUCGUGGCCUCUGGAGGAACUGCACGGGGAGGUUCUUCAAUUUCCAACCAACUGUCCCGAGUGUAAGGCCGAUUGUGAGACGAACAUGAAGGUCACGACCAUUCCGCACUUCAAAGAGGUGGUCAUCAUGGCCACCGUUUGCGACAACUGUGGGCUGCGAACGAACGAGGUCAAGCCUGGCGGUGGAAUCGAGGAGAAGGGCGUCAAGAUUGAGGUUUCCGUUCGUGGACGCGUCGACUUCUCGCGAGAUGUGCUGAAAUCCGAGUCCUGUCACCUGCACAUCCGGGAGUUGGAAUGUGACGUCGGUGCGGGCGCGCUGGGAGGACGAUUUACCACGAUCGAAGGACUGCUGACGGCCAUACGGGAGCAGCUGGUGGAAAGCAUCGGCAUGUUUAUGGACUCGAAUGAUGCCGAAACGAAGGAGCGAAUGGACAAGUUUUUCGGCCAGCUGGACGAUGCGAUUGCUGGCAACAAGAAGCUGACAGUUGUGCUUGACGAUCCGACCGGGAACAGCUACGUGCAAUCGCUGAACGAUGAUGGAUCGCCGGACGAGGCGUUGCGAAUUUUCCGCUACCAUCGGUCGCACGACCAAAACGAGGAGCUCGGGCUGAACGAUAUGAAGACGGAGAAUUAUGGGGAGGAUGCUGAGGAUGUCAAGGAAGGAAAAACUGAGUGAUCAAGCGUUGCACUUAAAGUGAGUAUAUAAUAAAAGCUUACGUAAAAUUUA